AUGGAGAAACAGAUAAUUGAGAGGCGAGUAUACAAUGUCCAGGAACCGAAUCACCUUUGGCACAUUGACAAAAACCAUAAAUUAAUAAGAUGGAGUUUAAUAAUUGCUGGAGGAAUUGAUGGUUGUAGCCAUUUCUUGGUAAAAAAGAGAGACACCGGUCAUGGAAGCAUGAUAACGAGAAAACGUGUUCAUAACCAACGUAUUGAACGUUUGUGGAGGGACGUAUACACAGGUGUGUUGUGUGUUGACUACCAUUCUAUCACAUGGAGGAUGAAGGAAUCCUAG